UCUGUGCAUGCCCAUGUAAUCCAGAGGAGAUGUCUGAAAAUGAGUGAAAACAUCUGUGGGUAUAGACCAUGGGUGUGCAGGGUCUUUAAAAGGCUGCUUUCAUUUUGAUGCAAUAAUAAUUAUUAGUAUACACUAGUGUAAUAUGUAAAACGUAAAACUCAGGAAGGGGCCAUCAUUCAGUAUAAUGAUUACUUUUACUUUCUUACAUUGUGAUCCAGAAAAAGAUCUAUGUGACUGAAACUGAAAGCAUGUGUAACAUUAUUAUAUGUCCAUGGUACAGCUUCAAAGUACUGAAUAACAGGGACGUGGUAUUAAAAUUAGUCACUUAAAAAGCAAUAACAUAAAAAAUUAAGGGAAGAGUGAGACUCUGACAACUUUCCGUAUCAAACAACAUAAUUUUCCAAGCAACAGCCUCAUGCUGGAUUAAUACUUGGCACCAGUAUCACCCUGUGAUUAUUCAAUCACAGUAUUUGCAGUAAUAGAGGCCCCAAGUAAGUCCCUUGCACAUGACAGCUUGAGCAGCAGAAACAACCAAUGCUGUGCUUAAAAGCUUCACAUCCACAAUUGUAUUUUUAUCAGAUUAACUCAAACCAGCUGACUCUCGGCGAACAUGGGGCUUUCGGGGACACUGGGUGAGAGGCUCUGGGGGCAGCUAUCCGCUUUGCCCGGGUUUGCAGCCCAAACCCAGCCUCGGUUACUGUUCCAUGUGGCCUCGGUGGGUGGACUGUCGGACGGUCCAUCCUGCUGCCUGUUGUUCAGCCACUCCGCCAAUGAGAGCCCGGCUGCCGCUCAGUCCCAGUCCAAUGAGAGCAGCAGGGUCUGGGCUCGGAUCGCGAGUUGGGUUGUUCAAUCUGUGAGGAGGACAACAACCAGCUCCGAGUGUACUGGAUGGAUGGAUGGAUGUUGGCGAUGAAUGUUCCUAUUGGUGCUGGUGGUCACCGUGAACAUGGAUGAUCAAGCCGAAUGUUGCUCUUGAGUUCUCUGCACAUGUUGUGAUGUAUUGUCCCAAACCUGAUCAAGCAAUCUACAUUUUCAGUAGAAUGAGUUGCUGCUUGGCUACAGGACGUGUGUCCUAUCACUGAGGCCACAUGUGCAUCUGGAGAGAUGGAUCGUUGUAAGCACGUGGGACGCCUUCGUCUGGGCCACGAUCAUUCUAUCCUCAAUCCACAGAAAUGGCACUGUGUGGACUGCAGCACCACCGAUUCAGUGUGGGCCUGCCUCAAGUGCUCCCACGUGGCAUGUGGACGUUUCAUGGAGGAGCACUCACUCAAACACUUUCAGGAGUCACAACACCCACUGGCUAUGGAGGUGCGUGAGUUGGAUGUCUUCUGCUUUGCCUGUGGAGACUAUGUCCUCAAUGAUAACGCAGAGGGAGACCUCAAACUCCUCAGAGGUGCACUCUCUACUGUUCGGAGCCCAGGUAGACGUUCACUGCGUUCCUCGACUGGGGGAGAGUGCACCCCCUGGGUUGGGGAAGGUGGGCCACAGCCCGCCAUGCAGCUGGCCUUGCGUCACAGGAGGAAAGCACUCCUAGGGAAGAUGUUUCAAAUAUGGAUCAGCAAACAUCAGGAGCUGCAGAAUCAACGCAAGGAGAAACUUGAGGAAGCUAGAAGACAAAAGAAAGAGGUGAAAAGGAGACUCAUGGAAGAGCUUGGCAAUGUACCUCCCAGAAAGAGUGCUAGGCUUCUUACUCAGGCGCCACGUUCAACGAUCACACUCAUUCCUCGCAAAUUUCGCGACCCUCCAGAACGCCUACCUCCUCCUCCCAAGAAGCCUUCCCUUCUAACCCUGUCCCGCAAGGCUCCUCGGAACGGCAGAGCUGCUAAACUGAGGAGAUACUACUCCACACAUGCGGUAACCCGCCGGAGACCUGCUCCAGGUGUCACUGGUCUGCGCAACUUGGGGAACACAUGCUACAUGAACUCAAUAUUGCAAGUGCUGAGCCACCUGCAGAAAUUCAGGGAGUGUUUUCUCACUUUGGACCUGUGUGAGACUGAGGAGCUGCUGGCCAAGACCAAUCACUCCCAGGACAUGAAGGGGGUAACAGGAGGUGUAGUCAGCAGUGGUAACACAGCACUGUCAGGAUGCCCUCUUGGACGCAUGGGGAAGGCAGGUUGUUGGAAUUUGCCAGUUAGCAAAAAAGAAAGCGCUCCGCCCUCUUCGCAGGCUGCGGAGUUGGUCCAGCCCAAGGAGCCUCGCUGCUCCACCCGCCAGCAAAUGUCUCUGUGCCAUGAGUUGCAUACACUUUUCAGGGUCAUGUGGUCCGGCCGGUGGUCUUUGGUAUCUCCCUUCGCCAUGCUGCACUCUGUGUGGAAUCUCAUCCCAGCUUUCCGUGGGUAUGACCAACAGGAUGCCCAGGAGUUCCUGUGUGAGCUGCUGGACAAGGUGCAGCAGGAGCUGGACACAGAGGGGUCCAAACGCAGGAUAGUUAUCCCCAUCACAAAGAGGAAACUAUCCAAGCAAGUGCUAAAGGUCCUCAACACCAUCUUUCAUGGGCAGCUACUCAGCCAGGUGACGUGUCUGUCCUGUAAGCACAAGUCUAACACAGUUGAGCCAUUCUGGGAUUUGUCUUUGGAGUUUCCGGAGCGAUAUCACAGCAUAGACAAAGGCUCAGGAUCUACAGCUUACCAGCGCAGCUGCACCCUCACCGAGAUGCUGUCCAAGUUUACAGAGAUGGAGGCUCUUGAAGGCAGCAUCUACGCCUGCAACCACUGCAACAAAAGAAGACGGAAAUCAUCCCACAAACCCUUAGUUCUGUCAGAGGCAUGUAAGCAGCUUCUGAUCUACCGUUUACCUCAGGUUCUACGGCUGCACCUCAAACGCUUCAGAUGGUCGGGGCGGAACCAUAGGGAGAAAAUCGGCGUCCAUGUGGCCUUUGACCAGGUUCUGAACAUCAAACCAUACUGCUGCACAGGCUCAGGUCACUCUGUCCACAGAGGAGGCUACACCUAUGAUCUGUCUGCUGUAGUCAUGCAUCAUGGUAAAGGCUUCGGCUCAGGGCACUACACCGCAUACUGCUACAAUACAGAAGGAGGUUUCUGGGUCCACUGUAAUGACUCUGAGAUGAAGGUUUGCAGUGUGGAGGAAGUGUGCAACACUCAGGCCUAUAUUCUCUUCUAUACCCAGAGGUCUGCCUAGGCACCUCUCGCUGUGAUGUCGACCUGCACGUGGCAACUUAGGGCUGCAUUUAUGAAAAUGUUCUCUGAUGUUUUCCCAGAUGUAAUUAAACAAUCACUUUAAAAUGAUUUACUAAAAAAAGAUUGCAAUGAGGGCAGUAGGACAGCCACAAUCAUGAGUCAAGGUGAAAAUUUUAGCAGCAUAAUCCAGAUGAGAAAGGUGGAAAUAAUUGUAUACAUACUGUAAUUUAGCCAUUACAAUUGGUGGAUUUGCAUUAAUAUUUCCUAAUGGAAAAAACAGAAAUCAAAAACCUUUUCAUAAAUGAGGCAACAGGUUUCUCCGCCCUGUGGGACCAGCAUAUUGGUUUAUGGCCUGAAGACUGUGGGAGCAGGUCUGACUCUGUCCUGCUGAACACCAAGUUGUGUGUCCAUGUUUUUAAAAACAACCAGGCUCAUGUAUGUUGAGUCUGGAAACAACCAGGCGCUCUCCUGAAACAGCAUUUUACAUUCAGAGGCAACACGGAUUCUGGAGUUUGGAGCAUUUUCUCACAAUAAUGUUGACAAUGUGCGUUUUAUAUGUAACUGUACAUUUGAUCUCAAUGCACUAAAUAUUAUGGGAGGUACAUCUUUCAACAUGAUUGCGUAGAUCCUCUUGAAUGAAAGGAGUGUAGUUAUAGAAGAGACUAAAGUCCAGACUCUGUGUUGCCUCCUGUUCAGCUUUUUUAAUUAUUGUGAAAUGUCAGUUUUGAAAACUUUUAAUACUCAUCGUGUCAUUUGUAUUUCACCAUGUCCUCUCCUCAAUUGUACUGCUGUGACUGGAUACUGUGUCUUAGGCUCGAGGCCUUGGUGUGCGCUCUCAGUGAACAGGAAUCGUUUUUGUUUUUAGUUUUAUUUUGUAGCCAUUCUAUGUUUCACUUCCACAAAAAGAAGCAAAAAGUUUCAGACACUUGAUUGAAGAUGAGCGAUGGAAAGCUGCACUUUUGAGGAGGGGCUAUUACUGUUGGUCCUAUCUUUGUGAUUGUUCAUGUUUUAGCUCCUGUAACUUCUUUAAAUGGCAGCUCCUCCUGCGGUUUAACUGUUAGACUAGUCUGAGCCCAGGUCGGAGACACUGCACCUGUGUUUUAAAUGCAGGAGAUUGAAAACGAGUCAUAGGGCAGACUGCGAUACUGAGGAAUGUUUUUGGGAGACUUGGGGUACCCAUUUUGAGUUAAGCACCUGAAAGCAAUAUACUGUACAUCUUGCAUCUUGACAGGAAAUUGAGAUAAAAUCAGGAAUUCUUCUGCUUGUUAUACAAUGUUUUUUUCUACUCUGCUGUUUCUAUCAAGGUCUUUAGAAUUUCCUAGGUAAUCAAGAAAAACUGUUGUGUUUGAUACGAGUCAAAUGCAAAUUACAUUUGUGAACUCUGUAAAAGUUGGAACAAUCUAAUGACGAUGAAUGUCUUACUUUUUAGUGGUCAGGUGUGGCUAUGCCACAAGCUCUGAUCCCCUUGAGUUCUGUCUUGUACUGUAAGAAUACCUGUCAUAAAUGUAAUGGUCAUAUGGGUUUUGUCUGACAGUAAUUAUUAAAAAGACAAAACAAAUUUGAAA